UCUUCAAACGUCCCGCAUAUCGAGAGAGGACGAGACAGACUGCGGUCCUUCGAGUUUUAGAGUCUGUAAAAGCGGAAAGGAUGCCAGUUAUCUCGCUAAAUGUGCCGCAGCCUCGACGCCUCUGAGUGAAAGCGCGGACAGAACAGGAGCGCACGUGCGCCUCAAUGCCCAACCGUCACUCGCCGUGAGCGCUGAGGAGUGAACGGCCGCCCCGUUUGAAUGGCGGCUGACAGGAGUUUGGAUUAACCGGAAUAGCGGCGUGAAAUCGAAGCUGCUCCCGUUUUCAGCCAGGUUUAAAGCUGCUGCAGCGAUGUGGAGAGGCUCAGCGGGCAUAUGCUGUGCUACAUGAUGAUCAAGAGAACAGAAACCACUCCAACGUAUUGAUGUGCAUUUGUAGUGCCUCGUGGGAUGGCUCUCAUCUUCACUCUGCUUCUUCCCCUCCUCCUGGGCGUUCUGGGAGCUCCGCUGGUCUGCAGCCACUUUCCCCGCUUCUCCUCCAACGACACUGCAUUCCAGCAUCUGGCCUUGCAUCCUGACCCUGCCGUGGGUACAGUCUAUGUGGGCGCACGUGAUCACCUCUACCAGCUGGCUGGCCUAGACGGCUUGCGUCUGGAGGUUGAGGAGCGGACAGGUCCGGUGAGGGACAGCAAGGAGUGCCUCCCGCCUGUAACUUUGGACAACUGCCCCCAGGCCCGACUGGUCAGUAACCACAACAAGCUGCUGCUGGUGGACCCCUACUCCCUCCAGCUCAUUACCUGCGGCAGCGCCCAUCAGGGCACCUGUCAGAAGCGAAGCCUGGUUAGCGUCAGCAACGUUUUGUUCUCUGCUGAGAGGCCUGUGGAUACGCAGUAUGUAGCCGCUAACGACCCAACCGUCUCCACUGUUGGACUCGUGGUAAGACCACGAGACGGGGCCCCGUCCCUCCUCUAUGUAGGACGGGGUUACACAAGCAGCCACCCGCCAAUCUCAACUCGCCAGCUUUCAGCCGAACCCAUUUUUUCCUACGAAGAGACAGCUAAACUGGCCGUGGCUGGCCGGCUCUCGGAGUACGACCACAAUUUUGUGGCCACCUUUACGCAUCAUAACCAUGUUUACUUUUUAUUCUACAGGCGCAAUCUUAAAGGUGCUUCUCGGGAAUACAUAACAUAUGUUGCACGGGUCUGUCUGGAUGAUCAAGCAUACUAUUCCUAUGUCGAAGUUCCUCUAGCGUGCCGCUCUGGCUCAACUGGGAAAAACUACAACCUCCUGCAGGGGGCGCAGGUCGGCGGAAAAGAGGCAGACGAUGGACAGGUUCUGAUGGCGGUGUUUUCCACUGCUCUAAAUGCGGCCAGCAAGCCAAGCGAGGAAUCGGCACUUUGCGUUUAUGCACUGGAUGAACUGGAUAACCAUAUUGAUGCCACACGAGACCUGUGCUACACACAGGAUGGCCAGAAAGAGGGCAGGAAGGUGGCGUAUAUCGAGUACGAUGUCAAAUCCAGCUGUGCCAACCUUCCCACGAACACACUGAAUGCUUACCCCUGCGGCUCGGACCACACCCCUAGUCCAAUGGCCAGUUGGGAGCCGGUGGAAGCUGAGGCGGUGUGGGACAGCCCGUCUGCUCGUCUGACUGCCGUGGCGGUCAGCGUGAGGGAGGGGCACUCUAUUGCUUUUCUGGGAGACUCCAAAGGAAAUUUGCACAAGGUGUUCCUGGGGAGAUCAGAAGUGAAGAGUUACUCCACUCUUUCCAUCCAGCCUGGCUCACCUAUUGGCAGAGACCUGCUGCUGGAUUCUUCGGAGAAACACCUGUACAUUAUGACCAGCAAUACUGUCGAGAAACGGCCUGUAGCAGAGUGUGAGAGACACACAGACUGUCAGUCCUGUCUUGCAGCCCGUGAUCCUUACUGUGGCUGGUGUGUCCUCGAGGGCAAGUGUGGAGUGCGUUCCGACUGCAGGCGAGGCUCGGGUCAAGGCCACUGGCUGUGGAGUUUUGACAAGGAGCAGAAAUGUUUGAGGGUGGAGUCACUGAGCCAGCACAACAUCAGCAUUGGAGAGCAGAAGAACGUGGCUCUGGAAGUGCCAGGCUUGCCCAGCCUCUCUGAUGGGGAGGAAUACUCCUGUUUCUUUCAGGAAACACAGAGUACUGCUACUGUUAAUGCCACUACAGUCACUUGCUCCACUCCUCCAGCCCACAAGGUUCCUACUGUGCCUCGCGGACAGGAUUCUUUGACAGUCACUCUGUCUCUACGCUUCCUGAAUGUAACUGUGGCAGUUCAGGAGUUCACCUUCUAUGACUGCUCGCUUGUGCAGCAGCUUUCAGGCACCAUGCCAUGUAUAGGGUGUGUGAGUAGUCGCUGGAGGUGUAACUGGUGCAUCCAUCAGCACAUGUGCACACACCAGGCCGUGUGUGACCGAGGGGUGAUCAUAUAUAACCAGCAUCAGGGCGAUGAGGAUUCGCUGGUCAGUGGGGGGUCCUAUGCCUGUCCAUGUGUUGAAACUGUUCAGGGGUCUUCUCUCCUACCUGUUAAUAUUGAGAGGAAAAUCACCCUGGUGGGACGCAACCUGCACCUGUAUCAGGAUGAGGAGCUGGAUUAUGAGUGCGUGCUAGCCAUCGAGGGCAGAUCUGUGGUGGUAGCUGCAUUCGUGGAGAUGGAUGAUUCACAGUCCUCUUUGUUCUACAUCACCUGCCAGCUGCACCAGUACUCCUACUCUGCUGCUGUGGAAGAAUACAAUGCUGCGAUCACAGUGAGGAGACGAGGCUCUUUUCAGAUGGACAGUCCUCAGGGCCUGCACGUGAGGUUGUAUAACUGCUCGGUGGGCCGUUCGGACUGCAGCCGCUGCCACACAGCGCAGCCACAGUACGGCUGUGUGUGGUGUGAGGGGGCCCGCUCCAGCUGCGUCUUCCACAACUCCUGUACCGACCACAUCCAGCACACCUGCCCUGCACCCCACAUACACCUGAUAGAGCCUCUGUCUGGUCCAGUGGAGGGCGGUACUGUGAUUACCAUCUCUGGGUCAAAUCUUGGUCAGAGGGCAGAGGACAUCCAGCACUCUGUGAUUGUAGCUGGAGCGCCCUGCAAAGUAAUCCCCAGCAGAUACGAGGUCUCCUCCAGUAUUGUGUGUGAGACUACAGCAAGCGGAGGUGAGAGGAGAGGGCAGGUCUCAGUGGAGGUUAAAGAAGGAGGGACUGGACAGUCUGUACAACACUUUCACUACCAGGACCCAGCGUUACUGGGAGUGUCCCCCCUGAAAGGCCCUAUGUCUGGAGGCACGUCACUCACCAUUGUGGGGCGGGGCCUACGGACAGGCCAGCUGAGUGAGAUCAGUGUUUUGAUUGGUGGAGUGCCAUGUCUCAUUUCUUCUGAACUGGAAGACGAGCAAAUCAAAUGUCUGACGGGCGGGAGUAACAGAACAGGGGAGCAUGGCGUGACUGUGCAGUUUGGUAGUGCAGAGCGCCAUCUACAGACAGCUUCCUAUCACUACACACCAGACCCCAACAUCACGAGUGCUGCUCCCUCUAAAAGCUUCCUCAGCGGGGGUCGCGUAAUUCGAGUUUCUGGUCAGAAUUUGGACGUGGUCCAGGAGCCUCGCAUCCGUGUGACCCUGAGCCCUCUGGAGCCACUCUUUUCAGGGAGAAAGAGAAGGAAGAGAAAGAGUGAUGGACACUCAAGGAGAGAGGACAGGCUCUGGCCUCUCAAAAGGCAGCGACGGAUAGUCCCAGAACCCGGCUGUCCUGAAGACAGUCUCUGUGAUGUCAAGCAGAUAGAGGAGCGCUGUACAGCCAACAGCUCCACUCUGCUCCUGUGCCCCACACCGGAGCUGGGCCCAGAGGCUCGCCAUGCUGCCAUCAGCGUCCACUUCCUGCUGGAUAACCUCAGCUUUGACUUCAAGGCGGUCAGCGGCAGCCCCUUUUCUUAUGAGCUGAACCCCAUCCUCCAUCCUCUCAACCGGGGCGACCCCAGCAAACCCUAUCGCCACAAACCUGGGAGCGUCAUCUCUGUGGAGGGGGAGAAUCUGGAUUUGGCCAUUUUUAAGGAGGAAGUGGUGGCUCUGAUAGGAGACGGAGUGUGUGCUGUGAAGACCCUCACCAGGAACCAUCUUUACUGUGAGCCUCCAACCCAGCAGCCCUCAGUGUCCGCAUCAAAGAAGCGAGAGGGCACAGACGCUCUACCAGAGUUCACAGUACGGAUGGGGAAUCUGAACUUUUCUCUGGGAAGAGUGCAGUAUGACUCACAGGGCCAGGCCAUGUUCCCUCUGGAGGCUCAGGUUGGGGUGGGGGUUGGUGCCUUCAUCGUGGCUCUCAUCGUGCUCGUCAUCGUGCUCAUAUACAGGAGGAAAAGUAAACAGGCUCUGAGGGACUAUAAAAAAGUUCAAAUUCAGCUUGAGAACCUGGAGACCAGUGUGAGGGAUUGCUGCAAGAAAGAGUUCACAGAUUUGAUGACAGAGAUGAUGGAUAUGUCCAGCGAUUUGGUGGGAUCAGGUAUUCCGUUUCUGGACUAUCGCACCUAUGCAGAGAGGAUUUUCUUCCCUGGCCACCGGGAGUCGCCACUGAGACGAGACCUGGAUGUACCGGCCUGUCGUCGGGUUACAGUGGAGCAGGGCCUCGUUCAGCUCUCCAACUUACUCAACAGCAAGCUUUUCCUCACCAAGUUCAUCCACACUCUGGAGGGGCAGAGAACAUUCUCUCCACGGGACCGUGCAUAUGUGGCCUCUCUCCUCACUGUGGCGCUGCAUGGAAAGCUGGAAUAUUUCACAGACAUCCUUAAAACCCUGCUGAGUCACCUGGUGGAGCAGUACACCACCAAGAACCCCAAACUCAUGCUUCGCAGAACAGAGUCUGUGGUUGAGAAACUGCUGACCAACUGGAUGUCCAUCUGUCUAUACACUUUUUUAAGGGACUCGGCUGGUGAAUCUUUCUACAUGUUAUUCCGAGCCAUAAAGCAUCAGGUGGACAAAGGCCCUGUAGAUGCCGUGACAGGCAAAGCCAAGUACACACUCAAUGACAACCGGCUACUGCGUGAAGAUGUGGAAUACCGCACACUGACACUGAAUGUCUUGGUAACCAGUGGGGGCGCAAGUGAGUCUCAGACGGUUCCUACGAAAGUUCUGGACUGUGACACCAUCACCCAGGUGAAGGAGAAGAUCCUGGAGCAGACGUGGAAGGGCACAUCUUACUCUCAGAGACCCUCCACAGACUCAGUGCACUUAGAAUGGAGGGCUGGCAUGGCAGGACAUCUGAUCCUGUCUGAUGAAGACCUGACCUCGGUAGUGCAGGGGUCAUGGAAACGGCUCAACACCUUGCAGCACUACAAGGUUCCAGAUGGUGCCACGGUCACACUGGUGGCACGGCAGUCCAAACAAGUCCACCAUGACAGCCAUGACUAUGUACCAGGAGAGAAGACUCCUAUGCUGGAGGAUGGAGAUGAAGGGGGGGUGAGGCUGUGGCACCUGGUGAAGGCCAGUGAGGAGCCAGAGCUGUCCAAACACAGACGAGGCAGUCUGAGAGAGAGAGAGCGGGAGAGAGCUAAGGCCAUACCAGAGAUCUACCUCACACGCCUGCUGUCUAUGAAGGGCACACUGCAGAAGUUCGUAGAUGACCUGUUCACAGUCAUUCUAAGCACCAGUCGGCCGGUUCCUUUGGCCGUGAAGUAUUUCUUUGAUCUUUUGGAUGACCAGGCAGCUCAACACAAUAUUACUGACCCAGAAACCAUCCACAUCUGGAAGACAAACAGUCUGCCUUUGAGGUUUUGGAUCAAUAUUCUGAAGAACCCACAGUUUAUCUUCGAUGUUCAAGCAUCGGACAACGUGGAUGCUGUGCUCUCUGUUAUUGCUCAGACCUUCAUGGACUCCUGCACCAUUGCUGACCACAAACUGGGCAGGGACUCCCCUAUCAAUAAGUUGCUGUAUGCUCGAGACAUCCCACGCUACAAACAGAUGGUGGAGAGAUAUUACGCAGAUAUAAGGCAGACCAUAUCUGCCAGUGACCAAGAGAUGAACUCUGCUCUGGCGGAGCUGUCCAGGAAUUACUCCAGUGAGGUGAAUCACCUUGUGGCCUUACAUGAAUUAUACAAGUACAUCAACAAAUAUUACGAUCAGAUUAUCACAGCUCUAGAGGAAGACGCCACAGCUCAGAAGAUGCAGCUGGGUUACAGGCUUCAGCAGAUCGCAGCCGCCGUGGAGAAUAAAGUUACUGACCUUUAACCCACAGACCCAGAUAGAGACUGAAAAAAGACACAAAGGCCAAGAACAGAGAUGGCGCUAAGACUUCUAAAGGCAUGUUCCUUCACACAAAGCGAAACUGUCUUACUCGGAUUUACUGAGAAGUGCUUGCUGGGAGAUGCUAUGGUGGUCUUUGGGCGCGUGUUGAGAUUAUUCCCUGGGCUUUUCAUCUCCAGCGAAGUCAAGACCACUGCCCCUGCUCAUAAAACAGAACUCUUGUCACGUUGCCUCUGCAGGAUGCAAACAGGCUUGUCUGGAUCUCCGCUGAACCUCGGCAGAUGCUCAGUGAUGUUUGGGAAGGACAUAUGUUGAAGCUUGAUUGUCGCCGUUUUCUUCAUUGAAGGGAGAAGCUUUUUCAUCAGCUGUAUGAAGGACAAUGCAGCUCC